UUACAGGCAUUGACACCGUUGUUUUGCGCAUUUUUAUUCAGGACAAACAAUCUUCAUAUGUCAGCGUCCAUGGAUCCAUCAUCGUCGAACUCACUAUUCUCAGAGGUAGAAUAUACCUCUACUGACGAUCUGGGCGGAGGGAUACCGCAUAUUCGCGUUGAAGAGUUCACGAGGCCUAUUGAGAUUGUCUUCUCUGCCGAUCUGCGCUACCAGUGGAGCGUUGCUGAAACGCACCGCCAUCUUGUACAGCAAACCAUUGUCACAUUUCAACACGAUCUUGAAAACAACACCAAUGAAACAGAUAGGCCCGAGUCUGUCCCCGAACUUAUCUUGGCCUUUCUCUCCGUUUUAGUGAAACAGAAUCAAGAUGCAUCGCCAUACAGUCGACAUGAAACCGAGUGCAUCAAGGAGCUGGUAGAUGCCUUUGAGCACGACUUUCUACAAGGACGCAACAUACAUGUAUUCGUCGACCAACAAGUCAGGAGCUCUCAAAAAAAAAGACAAGACAUGAUACGAGCAUAUCUGGCAGCACUAGCCGCUACCGGUCGCCAGGCAUCGAGCACGUGCAGGAGUUCAGCUUUGCUUAAAGGCUCUCGUGAGUCCGGUGAAACAAAUACGUAUGCAGCCUUCGGAGGGAUAUGCUGUGAUGGCGAUCUGCUAGAAGAGCUUCGUAUUCUGCUAGUGGACUAUAGACAUGUAGUCGAGCCUCUUGUGAAAGCGGCAACUGGGACAUUAUUGGAGUUGUUGGCCACAUCAGACGUGUCUACACGACAGCAAUAUAACCAAGGUCUCGAUGUCUUGCAGUGGCUGAGUGCUCCAGACAAAGGCAAAGCUCCAUCCCACGAGUACCUUCAAUCAAUAGCAGUCAGCUUUCCCCUGGCUGGUUUAGUUCAAUUUGCCAACUACGCAAUCAUCUGCGACCAGCUUGGGUUGACUCCUGGUCAGGUUACAGAUUCCUUGCGAGGGAUGGCAGGACAGAGCUCAGGAAUCAUUGUCGCCGCCACGCUCGCGAGUGUCACUGAUUGGGAAAAUUUCCAUAGCGGGUUGGUUCAAGCAACGACGAUAUUGUUCCACCUAGGAUCCGCAGCUCAAGAAAAUACGCCAAAGCUGAGCACUUCGCAUCUACACAGAGUGUCAGAAGAGGUGAUAGCAAAUGGCGAAGGCUCGUCAUGCACGCCCAUGCUACAGAUCGUUGGAUACCCUCAGGAACAGCUUGACCUCAGCAUUAUCAAGCUGAACAACCAGCUUGAGCCGAGUGGCCAUGUUUUCAUCGGCAUCAUCAAUGCGCCGUUGGACGUGGUUAUAACGGGGCCAAUACUUUCCCUCUGCGCCCUCGCCUCGACUCUGCGCAAGGUGAAAGCUCCCAAUGGCCUAGACCAGACCCGGAUCGCAGCGUCCAAGCGGAAGCCAGACUUCUCUUUGCGUUUUCUGCGAACAUCUGCGCCAUUGCACUCGAUUCAUCUCGCCCGAGGUGCCGCUCUCGCCACAACAAGGCUAGCACACGUUCACAUGGCACCAUCCAAUAUGGGGUUGCCGAUAUACCACUCCCGCACUGGAGCUGAUUUGCGGAGUAGCGAAGAAUCUGAUCUCAUCCCCAAAUUGGUACAAAUGGUACUAUGCGAGCCUUGUGAUUGGCCAAAAGCAACCCUCUUCCAGGAUGCCACUCACAUAAUCGAUUUUGGCCCUGGUGGCACUUCAGGUAUUGGCUCUUUGCUUCAGAGGAGCAAGGAUGGUACAGGCGUGCGAAUACUUCUAGCGGGUGCUGAUGAGGUUAACAAAGCCGAAUAUGGUAACCGUGCAGAGCUUUUUCACCAUGUGGCGAUUUCGCCAACAAGUUGGCUACAGGACUUUGGUCCGACUCUAACAAAAGAUGCAAACGGCACGAUUCAAAUCAGUAACAAGAUGACGCGCCUUCUAGGGCUGCCGCCUAUCAUGGUAGCCGGCAUGACGCCAACUACAGUAUCAUGGGAAUUUGUGAGCGCCAUCAUGAAUGCGGGUUACCACACCGAGCUGGCAGCAGGAGGAUUGCAUUCGGCCUCAGAUUUUACCCAAGCGAUCCAUAAACUUGCUCAUAGUAUACCUCGCGGUCGUGGUAUCUGCAUUAACGUCAUAUACGCCAGUCCAAAACAGAUGAACUGGCAGAUACCACUCAUACGGAAACUGAAGUCUGAAGGUCAGCCCAUUGACGGCAUCACUUUUGGAGCAGGAGUUCCCUCGCAAGAAGUGGCUCAAGAAUACGUAGAUAUGGGGCUACACUACCUAUCGUUCAAGCCAGGAUCAUGUACAGCAAUAGAGCAAGUCAUCAAUAUCGCUAAAGCAAACAAUAACUUCCCCAUACUCCUGCAGUGGACUGGUGGGCGCGGAGGAGGGCAUCAUUCAUACGAAGACUUCCACUCCCCUAUAAUUCAAUGGUAUGGACGCAUCCGCCAAUGUGCCAAUAUUGUGCUCCUAGCUGGAAGUGGGUUUGGUGGCGCAGAAGAUACCUACCCGUAUCUGUCUGGAGCCUGGUCUACAGCCUUUGGUCAACCCCCCAUGCCAUUUGACGGAGUCUUGUUCGGCAGCCGUAUGAUGGUUGCUAAAGAAGCAAAAACGAGCCGCGGUGCUAAAGAGGCCAUCGUCGCCGCUCCCGGAGUCGAUGACGAAGGAUUUUGGGACCAAUCGUACACCAGGCCGUGUGGAGGCGUCAUCACCGUUAAUAGCGAAAUGGGACAACCGAUUCACAAGUUGGCCACGCGGGGUGUUCUCUUGUGGAAAGAACUCGACGAAACUGUCUUUAGCAUCACCGAUAAAGCCAAGCGGCUCGACAAGCUUAAGAGUAUGAAAACAUACCUUGUGGAGCGGCUAAACAAGGACUUUCAGAAAGUGUGGUUUGGGCAAAACGCCGACGGCGAAGCCGUAGACCUUGAAGACAUGACAUACGCUCAAGUGUUGCGGCGUCUGGUGCAACUGCUUUAUGUCUCCAAAGAAAGCCGAUGGAUAGACCAGGGAUAUAUGCAGCUGACCCUCGAUUUCGUCAGACGUAUGUACAGCCACGCGCCAGCUUCAGGAUCUUUCCCUAAAGCUCUGGAACUGGAAUUGGUAACCCCACUGCAAGUAAUUGACACAAUUUGCAAGCAGUGCCAUCGGAUAGCGGACAAAGUCAUAAGCUACAGAGACGCACGGUAUUUCAUCAUGGCGUGCAAGCGAGUUGGUCGGAAGCCUCCAACCUUCGUGCCCGAUAUAGAUGAAGAUUUCGAGUACUGGUUUAAGAAGGACUCCCUUUGGCAAUCUGAAGAUCUCGCUGGUGUUGUGGGCGAAGAUGCGGGGCGUACGUGCAUCUUGCAAGGGCCCGUUGCAGCAAGAUACUCAACCAUCAUUGAUGAACCGGUUCAACAGAUCCUCGAUGAAAUUCGCAAAGGCCACAUCUCUAGAAUCUUACGGGAUGACUACGAUAACAAGCCAAGCAUGGUACAGCCCAUGACUGACAAUGUUCCAUGGGAACAACCACUAGAGCCUUCCUAUUGCACUGUCUAUCCCGAAGGUGGCAAGUUGUAUUACCAGAUCCCGACAUCAUCCCCAGACAAUCAAUUACCCAACGAGAAAGAGUGGUUCCAGUCUCUAGCAGGUCGCCCCAAUACUUGGCUCUUCGAUCUCAUUAUGUCAAAGGAUAUCGUGCAUGACGCCAAGUUCGUUGCCAACCCAAUCCGUCGAGUUCUUGCGCCAGUUCAGGGGAUGCACGUAGAAGUGGCGCAGACCAGCGACGAGAACUUCAUGAAGCUGGCUCUCCAUGAGACAGAGAGUGGAAAAGUUAUAUCAUCUGAUGACGCAACACAGUACUCUGUCACUAUCCACAAGGAAAAAGGUGUCAUAAUUGUGGAAUUCAAUGUCCGACAUAAUGUGGAGCUAGUUACCUUGCCAAUGGUAUUCAAAUUCACACAUCAUCCGACAGCGCCUUUGCACCCCAUACAAGAGGUAAUUGAAGGUCGAAAUGAGCGGCUACAAGACUUUUACUGUCGACUAUGGCUAGGUAAAGAUCUCAAGGGUUCCAUGUGCCGCUCAGUGCCGGCAUGGUCACCGUCUGGUCUUUAUCAAUCCCCCCUUGCUCCAGUCAUAGGCAAGCAGCAGGUUGUGACCAGCAUGUCAAUAGAGGCAUUUGAGAAGAGUAUACAUCACUCAAGACAGAUCACGUUGCCUAAAGGGCAUGGCGGUCCCAUUGCCAGCAUCGACUUUGCUAUGGUAGUCGGAUGGGAGGCGUUGAUGAAGUCUAUCUUUGCUCCAGCGGUCGAUGGCCGGUUCUUGGACCUAGUCCAUCUCUCCAACGAACUCAUCCUAUUAAACGACAUUAUAUCCCUAGCCGAGGGAGAUAUUGUAAGUAGUAGCGCUCAAAUAUCAUCCAUCAGAGACGAGUCGAUUGGGAGAAUUGUGGAGGUUGAGGCCGUCAUUUCCAAGGCUCAAGCUCCGCUUGUGCGUAUCACAUCGGAGUUUUUGUUCCGCCAUAACUAUGCAGAUUCAAGUGUUUGCUUUAAAAAAAGGUCAGAGCCCCUAUCAAAGGUUCACAUUGACACUCUUUCGAAGGCUGCCGUCCUUAAAAGCAAAGACUGGAUCCGCUGGAGAGAUGUUAGUGCCGACUUGCUCGGACGGGAGCUCGUUUUCGAUGUGCAAAGUAUCGAAUACUUGGAUGGAAAUGCUUCGCCUAUCUCUGGUAGUUGUAUACAGACAUGGGGGACCAUCUAUGACCAAGGAGACAAGCGGGUAGUAGGCGAGGUCCGUCACCAGCAACAACGCCAGACCAUAAGCAGCAGCAGCUCACCACUAGACUAUUGCCGACGCCACGCCCAUCCAGUAGAUAACCAGCAACAUCUCGAGCAUGCACAGAGGCUGGGUUUGCAAGACAGGCUCGAAUUUACGGCUCCAAGCAGCAACCUGGCCUACUCACAGGCGUCAGGUGACUUUAAUCCCAUUCACACGUCACUGCCAUUCGCCAAAUAUGCUGGGCUUCCUGGCACUAUCACCCACGGAAUGUGGGUUAGUGCAGCUGUGCGGGAGCUGAUUGAGAAAGCAGCCGGAUGCAACGAACGAGUCCGCAUGAGAUCGUAUAAGAUCUCUUUUUUGAGUAUGCUACUCCCCGGAGAGACCGUCAGGGUCACCGUCGAUCAUGUGGCGAUGAAGCAAGGGCUUCGCGUAUUAUCUUUCGAGGCGAGCAAUACCGUCACAGGCAUCAAGGUCGUCGGCGGCGAAGCUGUUGUAGACCAAAUAGAGACGGCCUACCUGUUUACGGGGCAGGGCAGUCAGAAAGUGGGCAUGGGUAUGGAUCUCUACGCCAGCUGUGAUGUAGCUCGGGGUGUAUGGGACAGGGCCGAUCGGUUCUACUAUCAAACUUAUGGCUUCCGCAUCAGCGACAUCGUGAGACACAAUCCCAAACAGCUCGUCAUCUACUUUGGAGGUCGUCUUGGCCAAGAAAUCAGAAAAAACUAUAUGAACAUCACAGUGGAGCAUAAAGGACGUACACAGCAAGUUCUGGGUGACAUAAACGAACAAAGCACCAAAUACGUCUUCCAACACAGCGAUGGGCUCUUGUUCAGCACCCUCUUCGCACAACCGGCGCUGACCGUCAAUGGGCAUGCUCAGUAUCAAUAUCUCCAGAGCAAGGGCCUUAUUAAGGCCAACGCUUUGUUCGCUGGCCACUCUUUGGGAGAGUAUACUGCUGUCAGCACCAUCGGUCAAGUCGUGCCAUUUGAGACACUCCUAUCCAUCACCUUUCUUCGGGCCAUUCUCAUGAACUCAGCCGUGACACGGGAUGCCCAGGGUCACUCUCAAUUUGGCAUGGUGGCCAUCAAUCCCUCCAGAAUUAGCAGCAGUCAUGUUGAUAGUGCGGUCAUGCGUCACAUUACCAGCAAGGUUGCCGCCGCGACUGGCGAGUUGCUGGAAGUAGUAAAUUACAACAUUGAAACACAGCAAUAUGUCGCAACAGGCUCACUGAAAGCGCUAGCAUGUCUAUCAACUGUCAUUGAACAACUUGCAAGCGGCGGCAAGGCGCCUACUACUCACAAUACGAUCGUUCACGAAAUGACUUUUGGAUCGUCCGGAACGCGGCUAAAGCUGAAACGUGGCGUUGCCACCGUACCUUUGGAGGGUGUCGAUGUUCCCUUCCACAGCACUCUACUACUUCCUACAAUGCCUGCGUUCCGCCACGUGUUAGAAACUCAGAUCUCAAUAGUAGACGCCAAGCGUUUGGUGGGCAGGUGGGUGACAAACGUCACAGGGAAGCCUUUUGAUAUAUCGAAGGAGGGUAUACAGGAGGUGUACGAGAUGACAAAGAGCCCAGUGCUUAGAGACCUACUGGAGAAGAUGAGGGUGAAUUGCAGCGUGGAGGCAGUGGCCUAA